GUCGCCAUACUUGUGGUGCUUAACAAUAGCAGCAGCACAGAUAGAACGAUUGGAUAGGACCGAUUUCUAAAUAUAUUUGGCAGAAGUGUGCAGAAAUUGUAUGGCAUUGACCUACUUUUGUUCCUUAUUGUGGAUAGCUAUUUAUGUGUAGGAAAAAAAGUAUGUCUAAACGACAUCGGUUGGGUUUGGUUGAUUAUUGUUAUUCAUCGACUAAAAAGAGAGUCUUCUGAUGGGUGUGUAUAGGGAAUAAUAGGGAGAGGAUCCUUUGUUUUCGUGUUUCAUGGGCACUGCAGUGCAGAAGGUUUUUUGGCUACAGCUAACGUCGUUCGCAUGCUAUCUAGCGAGAUAAAAUGUAAAUGGCGAAUGGACAAGUCGUGCAUGCGGUGAAAAAGUAUUCUAGCCUAGUUACGAUAGUUAGGUAUCUAGUCUUUUAAAUAAACACGGAGUAUAAGUUAACAUAGUUAGGAAGCUCCUAAACCACGCUAACGUUACAGAACAGUGCAAAAGAAGCAUCAUUCAUGCACGUGGGUUGCCUCCUGCGCGUGUCCAUAAGGCGAGACCGCGACAGGGACCGCGACGAGCGGUCGAGGGACAGAGACCGGGAUGUCAAGCCCUCUGGCAUGGCCCUGAACCCGGCUGUUGGCAGCGCAGGCCUCUCCCACAAGCAGACGGCCAUGCAGCAGCAGAUCAACCCGUUCACCAACCUGCCCCACACGCCGCGUUACUACGAGAUCCUGAAGAAGAGGCUGCAGCUGCCAGUGUGGGAGUACAAGGAGCGCUUCAACGACAUCCUGGGACGCCACCAGAGCUUCGUGCUCGUCGGAGAGACGGGCUCCGGCAAGACCACGCAGAUCCCGCAGUGGUGUGUGGACAUGGUGAAGGGGUUGGGCGGACCUAAGAAGGCAGUGGCCUGUACCCAGCCCAGGAGGGUGGCAGCCAUGAGCGUGGCCCAGAGGGUGGCCGACGAGAUGGACGUAAUGCUGGGCCAGGAGGUCGGUUACUCCAUUCGAUUUGAGGACUGCAGCUCGGCCAAGACCCUCCUCAAGUACAUGACAGACGGUAUGUUGCUGCGGGAGGCCAUGCACGACCCUCUGCUGGAGCGCUACGGCGUCGUCAUCCUGGACGAGGCCCACGAGAGAACGCUUGCCACAGACAUCCUCAUGGGCGUCCUCAAAGAGGUGGUCCGACAGAGGUCAGACCUCAAGGUCAUCGUCAUGAGCGCCACGCUGGAUGCCGGCAAGUUCCAGGUGUACUUUGACAGCUGUCCGCUGCUGACCAUCCCGGGACGCACGCACCCGGUAGAGAUCUUCUACACGCCGGAACCCGAGAGGGACUACCUGGAGGCAGCCAUCCGCACCGUUAUCCAGAUCCACAUGUGUGAAGAGGAGGAGGGCGACUGUCUGCUCUUCCUCACUGGACAAGAGGAAAUCGACGAGGCCUGCAAGCGCAUCAAGAGGGACAUCGACGACCUGGGACACGACGCGGGGGACAUCAAAAUCAUCCCGUUGUACUCGACGCUGCCGCCCCAGCAGCAGCAAAGGAUCUUUGAGCCGCCACCACCCCGCAAGCCCAGCGGAGCCAUCGGGAGGAAGGUCGUGGUUUCAACAAACAUCGCCGAGACAUCCCUGACCAUCGACGGCGUGGUGUUUGUAAUUGAUCCCGGAUUUGCCAAGCAAAAGGUAUAUAACCCUCGUAUCAGAGUGGAGUCCCUCCUGGUGACGGCCAUCAGCAAAGCCUCAGCCCAGCAGAGGGCGGGGCGCGCCGGGAGGACACGCCCGGGGAAGUGCUUCCGCCUCUACACAGAGAAGGCCUACAAGACCGAGAUGCAGGACAACACGUAUCCAGAGAUUUUGAGGUCCAACCUGGGUUCGGUCGUGCUGCAGCUCAAGAAGCUAGGUAUCGACGACUUGGUACAUUUCGACUUCAUGGACCCACCAGCACCGGAAACCCUGAUGCGGGCCCUGGAGCUGCUCAACUACGUGGCGGCGCUCAACGAUGACGGCGACUUGACGGAGCUCGGCUCCAUGAUGGCCGAGUUCCCCCUAGACCCGCAGCUAGCCAAGAUGGUGAUUGCCUCCUGCGAGUUCAACUGCUCCAAUGAGAUCCUGUCCAUCACAGCCAUGCUGUCAGUCCCACAGUGCUUCGUACGACCCACGGAGGCUAGGAAGGCGGCCGAUGAGUCCAAGAUGCGUUUCGCCCACAUUGACGGAGACCACCUGACCCUCCUCAAUGUCUACCACGCCUUCAAACAGAGUACGUGUCCCACAGAAUGUCCAUUGAGCAUGCUUUAUAAGAAUUCAGGACUAGGCUUAAUCUGUGUCCGGUAAGCCAACCUUAAUGUCACCUAACAUACAGUGCCUUUUUGUCAACAAUCUACACACAAUUCUCUGCAAUGUCAAAGUGGAAGAAAAAUUCUAACUUUUGUAAAACAUAAAACACUAUCUUGAUUCCAUAAGUAUUCAACCCCCUGAGUCUGUACAUGUUAGAAUCACCUUUGGCAGCAAUUGCAGCUGUGAGUCUUUCUGGGUAAGUCUAAGCGCUUUGCACACCUGGAUUGUACAACAUUUGCACAUUAUUCUUUAAAAAAUUCUUCAAGCUCUUGUCAAGUUGGUUGUUAAUCAUUGCUUUCCAGAGAUUUUCAAGACGAGUUUAAGUCUAAACUGUAACUAGGAACAUUCAAUGUUGUCUUGGUAAGCAGGUCCAGUGUAUAUUUGGCCUUGUGUUUUAAGGUAUUGUCCUGCUGAAAGGUGAAUUUGUCUCUCAAUGUCUGUUGGAAAGCAGACUGAAACAGGUUUCCCUGUAGGAUUUUGCCUCUGCUUAGCUCUAUUUCAUUAAUUUUUUUUAUCAUAAACUCCCUAGUCCUUGCAGAUGACAAGCAUACCCAUAACAUGAUGCAGCCUCCAUCAUGCUUGAAAAUAUGAAGUGCUACUCAUGUGUUGUGUUGGAUAUGCCCCAAUCAUAACGCUUUGUAUUCAGGACAAAAAGUUAAUUUCUUCGUCAAAUUUUUUGUAGUUUUAUUUUAGUGUCUUGUUGCAAUCAGGAUGCAUGUACAGGCUUCCUUCUUUUCACUCUGUCAUUUAGGUUAGUAUUGUGGAGUAACUACAGUUUUUGCCUAUUACAUCCAUUAAACUCUGUAAAUGUUUUAAAGUCACCACCGGCCUCAUGGUGAAAUCCCUGAGUGGUUUCCUUCCUAUCCGGCAACUGAGUUAGGAAGGACGCCUGUUUCUUUGUAGUGACUGGGUGUAUUGAUAGUGUAAUUAAUAACUUCACCAUGUUCAAAGGAAUAUUCAAUAUCUUUUAAUUUUUUUUACCCGUCUAUUAAUAGAUGCCCUUCUUUGCGAGGCAUUGGAAAACCUCCCUGGUCUUUGUGGUUGAAUCUGUGUUUGAAAUUCACUGCUCGACUGAGGGAUAAGUGUAUGUGAGAUAUAUGAGAUGAGGUAGUCAUUCAAAAAUCAUGUUAAACACUAUUUAUUGAACACAGUCCUUGCAACUUAUUAUGUGACUUGUUAAGCAAAUUUUUACUCCUGAACUUAUUUAGGCUUGCCAUAACAAAGAGGUGUAAUACUUAUUGACUCAUUAAUUUGUAGACCUUUCUAAAAACAUAAUUACACAUUAUGGGGUAUUGUGUGUUUGUAGGCCAGUGACCCAAAAUCUAAAUUUAAUCCAUUUAAAAUUCGGGCUUUAACACAACAAAAUAUGGGAAAAUGAAGGGGUGUGAAUACUUUCUGAAGGCACUGUAAAUCUAUAUCUCACCUCUCACAGAUCAUGAGUCGACACAGUGGUGCUACGACAACUUUGUGAACUACAGGUCGCUGA